CGCCGAGCUCCUGGCAGGGCGCAUGCGCAAGUUGUGCGGACGCGGUGGAGGUGAGUGCAGGAGCUGGUCCUGGUGCUUCCACAAGCUGAUCAUGGAACGGCUGCUGUAGUGUGUUGGUGUUGUGGACAGCCAGCGGCUUUAACAGGCUAUCUUGAACCCUUAGUGUGUCUGCAUUGACACGUCUCGGCCAAAAUGGGGACGCAGGAAAUGUCAUUGGGGAAUCUGCAGCAGCUGAGUGUGGAUGUGGUCAAGGAUGAGUCUGUGUGUGAAGACCAAGCUGUGGGCAAUGGCCACGUCCCACACAGCAAUGGGACCAGCAGGACUGAGAGUGAUGACACCGACUCUGCCGACAGCGAGCUGGAAGACUCGCCAAGCACCACAUGGGACAAUUCCAAAAGAGCCUCUUCGGUCGAAUCCUUCUCCUCACAUCAGAGCCUGGAGGGUGUGCUGGAGGAUGAGGCAGCGUUGGAAUGCAGAGAGUUCAUGAGGAGAUAUGUGGAGAAAAUCUUCAGUGGGAGGGAGGAGAUUGGGCAGGAGGACAAGGCUCGCUUUGGACAGCUCUGCUCUGAAGACAGCAGUCAGGGCAGAGAAUGGUUUGCAAAAUACGUCAGUGCCCAGCGGUGCCAUUCCAAAUGCAUUGCCGAGCAUGCCUUCUACCGACUAGUGCAGUCCUUUGCUGUGGUCUUGUUUGAAUGCUACCAGCGGGAUGACUUUGGGCCGGCCAAGAACCUGAUGACCAUGUGCUUCACCUUCUACUACAUGGGUAAGCCACAUGUAGGCGUGCUGGAGUUGCGGCAGAGGCCCGCGGGCACCGCAGAGCGGAGUGGGAAUGGCUGGCUCGCUCGGAGAGACAUCUCGGCUCAGCUGCUGAGGAACACCGAAAACAUGAAAGGAUUUUUUGGGGCUCUGGAGAAGAAGCUGAAAGUGAAGAAUGGGCACAUGGAAAGCCGCAGACAGGAGAAGAAGGAGCAGCGGGGGGGACGGCAGAGUGCGGAGGACACGAGGGGGGUGAAGAUUUACCUGUACACUCACCUGAAGCAACAGCCCAUCUGGCACAGCCUCAGGUUCUGGAACGCUGCCUUCUUCGACGCCGUGCACUGUGAGCGGAGGAAGCGAUCGCCCACCACCAGGGAGAAGUGGUGCCACAUGACCCCGGAGGAGAGAGACGACACACAUCGCUUUGACGAGAACAUCGCCUUUGGCCAGCUUGGGACUUUCACAUACAACAUGUUGGAGUUCGGGCUGAGCAAGGAGCUCUGCACCAACUUCCUGAAGAAGCAGUCGGUGAUUGGGAACCUGAAUCAAGAGCAGUACAAGUUGCUGUGCGAACACAUCGAGCAGAAGGCGCUGGAAUGAGGGAGUGACCGAGCCGUCGUCUGUGGAGCUGCUGUCCUUGGCACGGUGGUCGCUGUGGUUGCUACGGUUACUCGGGGCAGUGGUGCAACGUGUCUGACCUACUUUACAGCCCCACUCGCACAACUGUUCAUUGUUCACCUGCUGGCAGCGUGAUGUGACGUUGCUGACACGGCCUCAGCUGUCGGUGCUGCAGCGGCUACACUCCAGCACUGCCCCCUUGUAGCCGGGCUGCUGCACUGCGGGACAUCCCAGUCCCUCGCUGCCCAUGGUCCCACGCUGCUCCCACUGGAGCUGGCCUAAUGGCACUUGCCCAGAGGGAGGAACACACGAACGUUGGCCCAGUUACUGCUGCACGAAUCAACCCUGGCCCGCCUGCCGCAGGGAUCCCUGCCUCUGACCCAUCGUCGCAAUGUGGGGGCCGGGAAUGGUCCGAAUUAGCCGCUCAGCACAAAUCCUGAUCAACUGAUGGUCUCCACAAAAUGGAGUUUGUACAAGGACUAGUCCUCAGCUCCUGCCGUCGACUCCAGCCCCGCGCCACUCCAGUGUACUGGGCCCAGGACUGAAGUCUGUCUCCACUUAUCGAGCUAUGUCACUGCCUCGUGAAGUUCAUCUUCCCCUCUGAUGCAGACGUUUACAAGCAUUACUGUCUUCAUGUUUUGAGCCUUUCUAAGCACUGGGCCCAAUACCGUCUGUUCCGUCCUCAUCUGUGAAGCCGAGCUGAUGGUUUGCCAAUGCUGUUUUGGGGAUGUCUCAUUGGAUAUUUGCUACUGACAAGCAGUGGCUUGAUGGGUUAACAAUUAUCGUAUACUCGCACCGAUACUGGAAUGGUCUCAGCUAGUGCCAAUGCUCCUGCCGUCAUCGGUUUAAUUGGACCUGCCUGCAGUGUGUGUGUGUGAGAGAGAGUGAGUCUGCAGGAACUGUGUGUUCAGCAGCAUUGGACCCAAGGGCAAUAGGUGGGUUACUGAGAUGCACGGUGGGGAAGAGAGAUGGCCGAGUUACUGAGCUGGGAGUUUACAUCGUUACCUUGCAAUGAUCCAACCAGCGGUCUCUAGGCAGAUUCACCCUUGGUUAAACAUCUAAUGCUAGAUUUUGCAGGUGAGACCUGCCCUAAUGUGAUUGCUGAUUGAAUCAGAGCUAUCCUGUCUGUUCAGCAGCUUGCAUGACGGCGCUGUACUCCUCUGGGCAGGGGAGAGUUCCCUCACACUCCCCGUGUCCUUGUAGACGCGGGAGACAGAGAAUCACUUCACUGGAUAGCCAGCCUGUCUACUGUGUGUCUUUCUGCGCGUGUGUAUGUCUUGGGUUUCUGGCCAAGGUUAUGGGCGACGGGGACGGUGCAAGGGGAGGUGGUUGGGCUUGCAGCGGAAAUUACUGCCUGUCUCACAUGUUGCUUGUCCCACCUGAUGCUACCCACACCACUGCUUGUGACCACAGAUUACCUUGUCGGGCAUCAGAGCUCAAUUCAGCUUUGAGUUGAGGCUGUUGAGAUUGGGAUGGUGCUAUUCGCUCCCUCGAGGAUUGGUUUCCCCCAGGCCGGACCUGGGGGCCAUUCUUCCAGCAGUUUGCCCACCGACAUGCUGAAUUACCGAGGGUUGUGCCGGUAGAUUCCCCAGUCGGAAAGUUGCUGCUGGGGAGGUCCUAGCCUGACCGAGUGGGAACGACUCGGGGACCACAGAGACCAUGUCGAGGGCAGAGCCGCUGGUCACCAGAGCAGUUUCUGCCAAUCGCGCCUUGAUCUCCAACCUGUUCGAGGAUACUCCUGAUUGUCUCGCCCUGUGCCUGUGAUUCUUUGAAUAAAUGUGUUUUUCCGUGAA